AGUCCAUUAAGGCAUAUGAGCAGUGGGAAGAAGGGUAAGCAUGAAAGGGGAGGUUUGGGGUUUGAUGGGUCUAAGAGAGAUCUCCCUACUGAUCACUGCAACAUCAUUCUUGUUUCUCCUGUUGCCUAGUUAUGGUGUAGAAGGAGAGAUGGCUACUUUAUCCAGAGAAGAAGAUUUGGAACUGGACAUACAACUCAAACUUCUCAACAAGCCUGCCAUGAAAAGUAUUCAGACUGUACAUGGCGAGAUUUUCGAUUGUGUUCAUAUCAAUAAGCAGCCUGCAUUUGAUCAUCCAUUGCUUAAGAAUCAUACAAUCCAGAUGAGACCAAGUUUGUUCCCAAAAGGGAUGAUACAUGGAGCUUCAUUAUCAAGGGUUAGGCAUCCACAGAUUAAGCUACACAGUGGGGGUUGCCCGCGAGGAACAGUCCCUAUCAAGAGGACUACAAAGGAAGAUCUUAUAAGGGCUAGAAUGAUCUCCAUGAAAACUAGUACUUCUAGUUCUCAGCUUCAUUCACUUAAUUACCCAGGUUAUCAUAGAGCAGGAAUAACAACAACAGGAGACAAUGUGUAUUAUGGGGCUAAAGCACACAUCAUUGUUUACAAUCCACCAGUUUCAGGCCUUCAAUAUUCUCAAGCUUUGAUGUGGAUCUAUAAUGAUGCUCCCAACCAUGACAAUUGUAUUCAAGUAGGAUGGAUGGUGGAUCCAUUAAUUUUCGGGGACAAGGCAACUCGAAUGUAUGCACGAUGGACAGUACAGGGAUCAGGUUGUUGGAAUACUUUCUGCCCAGGUUUUGUUCAAGUUAAUCCAGUUACUCCAGUUGGAAGCAUCAUAGAUCCAGUUUCUACCUAUAAUGGUUCCCAGUAUGAAAUAAUACCCAUUGUGUUUCAGGACCGACUGACUGGAAAUUGGUGGCUAUCAUAUAAUGCACGCAACAUAGUUGGAUAUUGGCCCAAGGCCUUAUUUAAUAGUUUAGAUAGCUUUGCAACUGGAAUAGCUUGGGGUGGAUCAACUUACAAGCCCAUGAAUGAACCUAAUAGCCCACCUAUGGGAAGUGGACAUUUCCCAGAUGAAGGUUUUGGGCGUGCAAGCUUCAUGGGAGGCAUUCAAGUUGUGGAUGAGAAUGGCAGUUUUGUGGCUUUAAAUGAAUCUAUCAUUGCAAAUUAUACAGAUAAAACAAAUUGCUACAAGGUGGGUCUCAACAGUAUGGACCAAUUUGGAUCUUAUUCGUUUUAUUAUGGAGGCCCAGGUGGCUACUGUGGUUACUGA